AUGAUGCUCCAUGCGGCAACCUCGUUAUGUGUAUAUAUCAACACUGAUACUAAUAGCUGUUCAUUACAGCAAUUUAAUUCUUCAUCAAUAUUUAUUCGAGCGCAAAAGAAACUUUUAUCAAAAGUAGUUUCUCGAAAUCUUAUCAAAUUCAACAAUGAUACGACAACUAGAAUAUUUGAUAGUUUUUAUCGAAUACUUAAAAUUUUCUACAAUAAAAAAAUCGCUGAAUUGGUCGGUUUGCUCGUACGAAGUGGUUAUUUUCAAAAUAAUAAGCAAAAGGAGAAUUUAAUCGUUCUUCAGCGACAAAUUCGAAUGCUUUCUUUAACAAUUAUUUCUUUUACAACUGUCGCUUAUUCAUACGAUCGAAAUUAUUUAAUGGUUUUACUUGCAAAAGUUCGUAAAAAAUUACAAAUUAUUGUUUCCGAGAAUUUAAGUGAAAAAUCAAUGCAACGUUUACAAAUUAUUUUUGAAUAUAUUGAAAAGGGCGAUUUCUUGGAUGCUUUAUUUAAUAAUAAUGAUACUGUAUACAAAACUAUUUUAUUACAAAUUAUCGUUGAUCUUGGAAUUUUAAUUGAAAAUAAUGAUAUUUGA